UAAAAAAUACAAUAUAUAUAAUUAUUAUUCAAUUUAUUUGCUUAUAUAUUGUAUAUGCAGUACUUAUAUAAAAAUUAUUGCAAUUUUUAGUUAGUUAUGAAUUUUAUUGUCUAUUAUUAUUAUUAUUAUUGCUAUUUACUGUCCAUCACAUCCAUCACAUCAAUCCAUAGGGGAUUAUAAUACAGUAUAAUAAUGGCAACAAAAGACCGAUUAAAUUCGCUAAAAGCCGCCCGAAAACUUUCGGACAGAUUUUCAAAGAUAAUCUACAAAAUCGAUAGAAAAAGCCAUUUAAAGGAUGAGUUCUUUCAAGAGGUGGAACAGCUUCGCGAGACAAUCGAGUCGAUGCAGACCAGUGUCGAUGAGAUGAAGAAAAUUCAUUCGGCGAUAUUGAUUGCACCGCAAACUGAUAACAAAGUCAAACAACAGUUGGAUGAUCUGAUGGCCGAAAUUAAGAGGACAGCCAAUAGUGUCAGAACUAGACUUAAAGCAAUCAACUCAAGUAUAGAUCAAUUGGCGCCGACAUCUACAACGGCCACAACAAUACGUAUCCGACGGACACAGCUAUCGAUGUUAUUGAAAAAGUUUGCCGAAGUUAUGGCCGAUUAUAAUACAAUACAAAUUGAUUAUCGACACAAUUGUAAGGCAAGAAUACAGAGACAGUUAGAGAUUACUGGUCGAUCGACCACCGAUGAGGAACUGGAGACAAUGUUGGACAGUGAAAAUCCUAACAUUUUUACACAAUCGAUUAAAAUAAUUACCGAUAGCCGAGAGCUUAGGCAACGGCUGGCCGACAUCGAGGCCCGACACGCGGACAUAAUUAAACUGGAAAACAGUAUACGGGAAUUGCACGACAUGUUUAUGGAUAUGGCAUUAGUUGUAGAUAUUCAGGGCGAAACCAUCGACAGUAUUGAACAACACGUCCGCAAUGCUGGCGAUUAUGUCGAGACGGGUGUCCAGGACUUUAAGCCGGCCCUCAAAUGGCAACGUAAAUCGCGUCGUAAGAAGUUAAUUUUGGUGGCAAUCGGUCUCACAAUUGUUUGCAUUGUUGUCGUUGCUAUCAUUAUUUAAUGUCA